AUGGGGGCGGACUGUGCUGACUUUGAGAAAUGCUGCACCAACGUGUGUGGUCUCAACAGCUGUGUGGCUGCACGUUUCUCUGAUGGCACUUCUGCCCAGCCAGAUGGGCGGGGUGGUGGAGGAGGAGGUGAUGACCCCACCUCCGCAGCUACCUGUGAGGGCUUCAUUUGCAGCCAGCAGGGAGCAACCUGUGACAUCUGGGAUGGACAGCCCAUCUGCAAGUGUCAGGACCGCUGCGAAAAAGAACCCAACUUCACCUGUGCUUCAGAUGGCCUCACCUACUUCAACCGCUGCUACAUGGACGCAGAGGCCUGCAUCCGUGGGGUGACUUUAACCGUGGUCACCUGCCGCUUCUACCUGGCCGGGCCCCACACAAGCCCGCUACCUCAGGACACUACAGCUAACCCAACUCCGACAUCCUCCCAGGAGGACCCCAUGCCCCCCACGCUUUACUCCAACCCCCACCACCAGUCCAUCUACGUCGGAGGCACCGUCAGCUUCCACUGUGACGUUAUUGGAGCCCCCAGACCUGAUGUGACAUGGGAGAAACAGAGUGAACGGCGUGAGCGUCUGGUCAUGAGGCCGGAUCAGAUGUAUGGCAACGUGGUGAUCACCAACAUUGGCCAGCUUGUCAUUUACAACGCACAGGUGUGGGAUACAGGUAUCUACACCUGCAUCGCAAGGAAUUCUGCAGGAGUUCUUCGUGCAGACUACCCGCUGUCUGUAAUCCGCCGGGCUGACGAUGACUUCUCUGAGGAUCCUGAGAUGCCCAUGGGGCGGCCGUUUUCCCCAGCAGACUGCCUGGCUGAAGUCGACCUGAGAGUGUGCAGUGGCGAGCGUCACGUGGACUGGUUUUAUGACAGCAAGCUGGGCUCCUGCAUGGCUUUCAGCAACGGCGGAUGUGAUGACAGCCGCAACCGGUUUGAGACUUAUGAGGAGUGCAAGGCCUCCUGCCAGAGAGAAGGGAUGGGCAUUUGCUCCCUGCCUGCUGUCCAGGGCCCCUGCAAGUCUUGGGAGCCACGAUGGGCCUGGAACUCCCUCCUGAAACAGUGCCAAGCGUUUGCCUAUGGUGGCUGCCAUGGGAAUGCCAACAGCUUCCACACCAAGAAGGAGUGCGAGGCAAACUGCCCACAGCCCAAAAGGAAACCCUGUAAGACGUGUCGGGUGAAGGGGAAAAUGGUGCCUAGCUUAUGCCGGAGUGACUUUGCUAUUGUGGGGCGGCUGACGGAGCUGGUGGAGGAUCUGGACUCAGGGUUAGCCCGCUUUAGCUUGGAGGAGGUCCUGAGAGAUGAAAAGAUGGGAUUGACUUUCUUUAACACCAAGAACCUAGAGGUGACCAUCGCCAAGAUAGACUGGAGCUGUCCCUGUCCCAACAUCACCAUGGAGGAAAACCCAUUGCUGGUGAUGGGUGUUGUGCAGGAUGGCAUGGCCAUCAUCCAAUCAGACAGCUACGUCAGAGCCAUUACUGAACGCAGACUCAAGAAGCUACGUGAUGUUCUGAAUAAAAAGACCUGCGAGGAGAGGAGGAGAACUCUGCAAAUAAUUCAGCUCUAAAAACCCCCAGAACACUGAAAACUGAAUCUGAAUGGGGAGUUUCUGCAUGGCACAUGGGAAAAGUUUCCAUCGGUUGCAAUCUGCAGUCCUCACUGUUAGAUGCCACUAAAUCUUACACAUUGCUCCUUUAAUGACAUUAUAAGGUGUAAUUUUUUAUGUACGAUAUCUAGUAUAUUCAUUAUAAAACAGGUUGCACUACAUUCCAGAGGUGUGAGUCCAGUAAUAGCAAUGCAGUACUUUUUUAAAUAAGUCUAAAUAUAUAUAUAUUUUCUCUUUUGACAUGUUUUCUGUAUGUUUUGUAAAAAUAAGAUAGCAGCCAUACAAGUUGAUCAACAAGCUUGUGAUGCUAGAGAAACAGAUACCUGUAGUAUAUUACCUUUACACUGUGUUUAUCUGUUUUAUUGUAUUGUGUUUAUUUUGUAUUGGGCCCUUAAUGUUAGUCAUUUACAUAGAUGUUUUAUAUAGAUUUCCAUUUAUUGUAAUGUAUCAGUUCAAGAUCUAAUUUACAGCAUAUUCUCUGUUCAGCAUCUCCCUCUGCAAAGCACUUUUGCCAACUUAGUUUCACUGAGUCUCAAUAAAGAAACUGAAAGAGUAGGUGGCUGUAUCAAGGUAAAUAUAGUACAAAGACAACAUAGCUGUGAGCCUUUUUACUCAAGUGUGCAAUACAGAUAGUGGAUCACAGAUUACAGUAUUUCAGUUAUGAUUUAAUGUGUAUUAGAAUUUGGGGAGAGAUUCAUCAACAGUUCUGGGAAAAUUUGGCAAUGUAUCUGAGCUUCAAGUGUAGGUUAAGGCGUUUUGAGCAUCCCACUCUGGUACUGG